ACAAAUCCAUGGGUUUGUGAAUUUCAAAGAGCACACGCAUUCUGAAACUCUUUCUUCCCCAAAACAACCAAAGUUUCCAUUUUUGUGUUUUACUUUUACCCUUUUCCAUUUCUCACACUUGAAACUUUUCUAAUGUAUUUGUGCAAUCCCGAAAACAUUGCAACAGGUUACAACAAUCAUUGACCUUAAUUAAUCUCCAUGGCUAUGUCAUCUUUUGUUCUACCCGGAAUUUCAAGUUCCCAGCUUUAUACCCAAAAUCAGCUGAAAAGAGCAAGUAAAUGGGUUUUCCAUGGUGGGGUUUCUGUUAGAAGUGUCAAGAUAAUGAUGCAUGUGGUUGAUCAUAAUCAAAGUCAAAUGGGUCGUAGUGGUGGCGGGGGUGAUGUCUCCCAUGGAUUGCAUAAGGCUUUGUACUCCCUUCCAAGUAGGUUUUUUUUGUCUACCAUUCACUUUCUUCAAGGUUAUUACGAGUUUACGAGGCCAUUAUCCAUAACUGACAUUGUGUCUGCUUCUGAACCUGAUAAUCUAGCUAAAGUUCGAAUAUCAUAUAAGGGGAUACCAGGAUCAUACGGCGAAGAUGCUGCACUCAAAGCUUACCCCAAUUGUGAAACAAUCUCAUGCAGUGAUUUUGAAGAAGCGUUUAAGGCUGUUGAGUUGUGGCUGGCUCACAAAGUUGUGAUUCCGAUUGAAAAUACGUCUGGUGGAAGCAUUCAUCGGAACUAUGAUUUACUUCUUCGUCAUAGGCUUCAUAUUAUUGGUGAACUGCAGUUGGCUACUAACCUCUGCCUUCUAGCUCUGCCUGGUGUCAGAAAAGAGCACCUUAAGCACGUUUUAAGUCAUUCUCAGGCAUUUGAAUUAAGUGAUACUUUCCUAAAUAAUUUAGGUGUUAGCCGAGAAAACGUUGAUGAUACGGCUGGUGCUGCUCAGAUUGUAGCUUCAAAUGUUCUGUAUGAUACGGGUGCCAUUGCAAGCGUUCGAGCAGCCGAAAUCUACGGGCUUAAUGUACUUGCAGAAAGUAUCCAAGACGAUUCAGAAAUCAUCAGUCGAUAUCUUGUUCUUGCAAGGGAUCCAAUAAUUCCAACAGCCCAUAAGCCUUUUAAGACAAGUAUUGUGUUUACCCUGGAUCAAGGUCCCGGGGUUCUGUUUAAGGUUUUGGCCAUAUUUGCAUUGAGGGACAUAAACUUAUCCAAGAUUGAAAGUCGGCCUCAAAGAAAUCGUCCACUAAGAGUCGUCGAUGACUCCAACACCGGCACUGCCAAGUACUUUGAUUACCUUUUCUAUAUUGAUUUUGAAGCGUCGAUGACUGAGCCUCGAGCGCAAACCGCAUUAGAACAUCUGCAGGAAUUUGCCACAUUUCUUAGAGUGCUUGGAUGCUAUCCUAUAGAUACAACCAUAUAGACUAUGACCAAGAUAUGCUGAACUCGAAAAAAAGGCCGCAAUCAUUCAAUGGUAUCAAGACGGUUUUGAUGUAAGCUUGUUAUUUUUGGAGUUAUAAAAAUCUGUUGUUUUGGAUCUUUAGAUCAAAAUCUAAGGGCUAAUAGAACUUGACUGUGUGAGUGUGUGAAAGCUGCUGUGAUAAAUUCUGUAUAGAAAAACUUUUUUGCUAUAUCUUAAAAUAUUCUUAAAUUUUUUCUGAGAUA